ACGUUGACAGAUGGCGAGCGCGCGCGUGCGCAGAAUAUUCUGGGUAUUUGCUGACGGCUAGCAUGAAGCGAGGAGACUUUAGUCAUUGUUCGUGCAGCCUGAUAUUUGCUUGAACCAAAGCUCUUCAAAAAAACGGAACAAUGCCGCUCACACCUCUUGUUUACUGGGCUCAACGCCAUGAAGAAAUUUACCUGCGAGUGGAGCUGACUGACGCACAGGAUAUUGAUGUCCAAGUACAUGAAAAAGUGCUGCAGUUUAGAGGCCUGGGCCAUGGUGCAAAAGGACAAAAUGAAUAUGACUUCAGCUUGGAGUUUCUUUUACCAGUAAAGUCAGAGGUGAGCUACAGGUCCACGCAGCGGCAGGUGAUUAUCACAGUGCGGAAAGAGCAGCGAGGCUGGUGGGAAAGACUGACGCUGCAGGAGCGCAAACCAGUGUUCCUGGCACCAGACUUUGACCGCUGGCAGGACGAGUCAGAUGCUGAGAUGGAAAUCCGGGAAAAGGAGGAGAAAAGGAACAAGCUGAAGGCUUCAAGGCAUAAAGAGGAAGGGUUUGUCAGCCUAAAAACAGCCUUUCUGUUCGUAUAUAACCUGGUGCAGUUUCUUGGUUUUUCAUGGAUCUUUGUCAACAUGACCGUGCGGCUCUUUAUCUUUGGCCAAGAUUCUCUGUACGACACAUUUCACACCAUAUCAGACGUGAUGUUCUUCUGCCAGAUCCUGGCAGCAGUUGAAGUCCUCAACGCGGCUUUUGGUGUAGUCCAGACGGGAGUUAUUCCAACUCUCAUACAGGUGGUUGGAAGGAAUUUUAUCCUCUUCAUAAUUUUUGGUAGUUUGGAAGAAAUGCACAACCAGCCUGUUGUGUUCUUUGUCUUCUAUCUGUGGAGUGCCAUUGAGAUUGUUAGGUAUCCAUUUUACAUGCUGGGCUGUUUCCAUACUGAGUGGAAAACUCUCACAUGGCUGCGGUACACAAUCUGGAUACCACUGUACCCAUUAGGUGUUAUAGCUGAAGCUGUUGCUGUAAUACAAUCCAUUCCCAUGUUCGACGUGACCAAACUCUUCAGCAUUCCUCUGCCGAAGACCAUCGGUACUUCCGUCAGCUUCUCUUACGUCCUGUACAUCUAUCUUGUCCUCAUGUUUGUGGGACUCGUUAUCAACUUUCGUCAUCUUUACAAGCAGAGGAAGAGGCGUUUCCGUACCAAAAAGAGGAAAGCAAAUUGAGAUUCACCAACAGUGCUCAACGCCUUUGCGGCCUGCCUAUUUUUGGAUAAAUAUUUUAAACGAUACUGCUAAACCAUUCGCCACUCAAAUCAAUUGUCGUUUUUGUAAUGAACUUGUUUUUCUUCUCCAGACUGUUUUCGCUCACUAAAAUAAUUUAAUUUGUGGUCAACAUGAAAAUCCUACAGAUGCAAUAUUUCAUCACUGCAGGGACGGUCUAAUUUACUGGUGAUUGAUAGCUGUCUGUUUGUAUUUUGUAGAUUAGUUAAGAACUAUAAUAAGCCAUAUAACUUGAUAGCCUGUGUGAUGUUUGUCUUUUUUUUAAUGCAGUGCUAAUGCUGCUGACGUCGUUGAUUAAAAAUAGUAAAUUUGUGUAUGAAUGAAGCGAGUGACAACGUUCUCAACAAAUACUGUAUUUGUCAUCACUCCAGAUUUCUGAAACGUCUCACAAACCUCAGGGAAUACAUUGUGUGUCCCUUCUGCUUAAUAAUAACCUGCUGUGUAAAAUUUGUCACAUGAAUUUUAAAUGACAACAUUAACAGUCAUUUCAUAGGUUUCCUGUAAAUGUUAUUUGACACUGAAUAAAAAUGAAAUUUUAAA